AUGCUUUGGAGCCCUCGCCUUGCGAAGUGCGCUGCUGUCCACGCGGACCACGCGGGCGCUGCCGCAGGAUCCGCAGGCUGCGCAGGCUGGAGGAAUGGCUGGAGGAACGGCUGGAGGAACGGCUGGAGGAACGGCUGGAGCGCAGCUCGGGCGCUGGGUGGCCGGAGGAAGAAAGCGGCGCGGGUUACAGAGACCGCAGCACAUGUAGCUCACACAGAGACGCCGCUGCUGCACCUUCCCGUCCUCGGCGGCGCUCGCCUGGAUGCAUUGGCACCGAAGCAGCACUUUCCAUGCUCCCGCUUCCGGCUUCCGCCCUUCUGGCCAUGCCGCUCGUCCCGGCUCCUCUUCUCUCUGAAGCUGUCAGCAAGGGUUCACUAUCGGACCUCGUAG